GCGGCGGGAAAUAAAAGUGUUUACGUGUCUUUGAAAGUUAGUUUUGUGUGACUGUAUUCACCCACACAAAGCACAUGUGUUAGUUUUACCCUUUCAGCAAAUAAACACAAAACCCUCUUAAAAAGAUGUGCGACUAAAUUACAAACUUAGGCCUAGUUAUUAAUAUUUUAAGAUUUGUUCUCUUGGCAGCUAAAUGGCAUCGCCUCUGCCUCCAGUCGAUAUUGAACAGCAGAACAUUAUCGAUAAAUUGGCUGAAUUUGUGGCCAGAAAUGGGCCAGAAUUCGAAGCACUAACAAGUGAAAAACAGAGGGACAACCCAAAGUUCGCAUUUCUUCGAGGUGGCCAGUUCCAUGAAUAUUAUAUGUUUAGAGUUAACGAAGCUCGUAAAAUUUGGCAGCAGCAGUAUUCAACGAAAAAUAAAUCGCAUCAGAUUCUCAAUUCCAGAUCCAACUGGGUCAAUAUGAAUGAACAAUGGGAUCAGUAUGGUGGAAAUCCAGAUCAUUGGCAGCGUUAUAGUUCCGCACCACCAGAGCAUUGCGGAUGGGGUGGUCCAGAUCCAUCAUGGUAUCCAAAGCCACAAUGGCCACAUUUUCAACAGGGUGUACGAAUGCAUGGCGGUCAACCUGAAUAUCCAUACCAUCCUCCUUCGGAAGCGGCAGAUUCUUAUCGCCAUGGAAAUUAUAAUAAUCAUCCUCCAUAUGGUUACCCUGGACACCAUGGAGCAUUCCCGAUUCAGCAGUUUUCGUUUGGACCUGAGACUUAUCGUGCACCGAGACCUCAUUAUGAUUACCAAGUUCCUGGUGGUUCUGAACUAGGAGAAGCUGAUAUCGAACAAAGUGAGAAAAAUUUGGCUGCUCAGCAUGAGUCGUUGCUUGCUCGUCAAAACGUUGAAAUUCUCGAGCUCUUAGACAAAAAGAGAGAGGAAAAUGUUAGGAAAACUGGAGAGCAAUUGAACAUGUCUUGGGAACAGAUGAAUGAAAUGAUCCAACCACUCAUUGAAGCCUGUACAAAAGAAAAUAUAUCUAAAGGAAAAUCUUGGGUUGUUGACAAAAUGUCUGAGUCACCUGAGCUAACUAAGCUAAUGUCUGAUUAUCUAAUAACACGUGCAAGUGCUAUUAGUGUUACAUUUGACUUAAGGCUCCACUUGGUAUACUUGUUAAACGACCUACUUCAUCAUUCUAAACGUCGUGGUGCUCCUGUUCAUCUGCAAGAAGCUUUACACGAAACAGUGCCGGUAAUUUUCUGCCUAGCGACUGAGAUUGCAGAUGAUGAACAAAGAGCCAAAAUUAAUCGUGUUUUAAGCUUGUGGGAAACCAACUCUUAUUUGCCAGUCGAAGUUUUGGUAAAGAUGCGACCUCCAGAAUCAGGUAAAUUCUUAGCAGAAUGGAAAGAAAGUCAGUCAAAGCCGUUUGAAAGUGAAAUAGACAAAAUAAAAGCAAAUAUUAUGAAUCAAUACACUAGUCUUGAGCGACAACAUCAAGAGUUUGCAGAUCAUGUACUACGACAGUUAGCUUCGUCACAUUCCGAUAAGUCUGAUGAAGCAUCUAUCUCUGAUAAUCAUCAUUCCCAAUAUGGAUCAUCUCAUCAUCCUAUGCAGAAUGUUGAUCCAAACUUUACGUACUGGGGUCCACCACCACAGACUACUGGAGGAUUCGAUAUGCUUCCACAGGAUAUGAUGAGCGGGUCAGAUCCAAGAGAUAUGCAACGUCGAAUGCCUGGUUAUCCCCCACCUUCACAAAUGUCAGGGUAUACAGGACCUGGUGGUGGUGGGGCAAGUUAUCCUCCUCAAAUGGGUUGGCCACCUGGGCAGCAUGAUUCUGCAAAAUGGAAUCAAUCUGUACCUAAUUACAACUCUCAACCUGGACACAAAAAUUUUGGUGGUCAUGAGUUAAGCAGCAAUGUAUAUAUUGAAGGUGAAGAACCAGAAGAUGAACAAUCUGUGUAUCCUAAUUCGUCUUAUGAAUGCGGAUCUUAUGGAGGUUAUUAUAAUCAUAACAAUAACGAUUAUCGACAGUAUGAAGACUCUUCUCAUGGUGUUCGAAAUACACGAGACAAUCAAAAUAAUCGUGAUGAGAAACCUCGAACAUUUCGCGGUAGUCGUCCUUCACGAUUUUCCUCUGCUCCAUCUCAUCCUGAGACAGGUAAUGAAAAGAAAAUUGAUCGUAGUGAUACUGGAAAAAAUACUGUCAGUAUGGAACAGCAACACAUAACACCUAAGACUGAUCUAGAAAUGCCGAAAAAUUCAGAAAAUUCUAUGAUACCGGUUGUUGAAUCUUAUGACAUAAAUCAAAAAUUCCCCGCUUGGCAAUUACCUGCAGGAUUAGUACAUCCAUUAAUUCGAUUAAAAGAUUUUGAUUUUACUCCACUGAAUGAAAACAAUUUGCAAUUAUUACCUCCAACAACACCGUCUGAACGUUUGCUUAUGGCAUUGGAGAAUUUCUACAUGCCACCCACCCCAGAUAAACCACGUGACGGCGAAGGUUGGGAACACAUGGCUCUUCAUGAAUUUUAUACGAAAAAAGAACGCGCUCGUCCUUCUGAGCAUAAAGAAAACGAUAGAGACAACACAUCUACCAGCAAAGCAAAGUCAAAUCGACGCCGUCAGCAUAGUGGAGGUAGUUAUGCAAGUAGUCAUUCAGAAUAUGAUUUCACAAAUGAAUUAGUUCCAGACCUUCAACGUGACAUAGUGGUUGACGUUGAAAAGCCGUUUUCACGUGACAAUUCAGAUAAGGAAGGUCCCCUUGGGCCAUCACAAUUAGCAUAUAUAACAUCUUAUCCCAAACUUGCAGUUGGUCAACCUCUCAGAACUGGCCUUGAAGCACUGACCUUGGCCCCUCCUCCUAUGCAGUGUAUGCAAGGACAGCUAACACAUAAUUAUAGUGCUUAUAAAACAGCUGGUAUGCAACCGGGUAUUCCCAUACCUGUCCCUCCGUUACCAGGUUUACUAGGUGCCAUUCCACCUGGACCAAGUGGAUUCCCUAAUACAAGCUUUCUACAAUUUCCUCCUCCGGUCAAUCAGCCACCACCAACCCUUCCACUGCCUCAAGGUUUGAUUCAAAGGCCCCCACCAGGAUUUUCUGUUGACCGUUUUGAAUCUCGUGGGUCGCGAUCUCGUUCUAGAUCUGAUUCACGUUCAAAGUCUCAUUCUCAUUCUGCGGAUUCACGUUCUCGUGACUUUCGUUCUCGUUCACGAUCACAAUCUAGAUCUCAUAGUUCUCAAAGUAGAUCUCAGUCACGCUCUGAUUCUCGUGAUUCUCGUUCCAAAUCUGUGUCACCUAAUAAUGAUGAUGAAACUGGUAGCAACCAGUCACGUGGCCUUUCAAGAGAUCGAAGACGUAACAGAUCACGUUCACGAAGCUCAGGUUCACCGUUUGCUCGAUUCACUUCAGCUCCUGGACCUGGUGGUUUAGGAGCAGCCGGUGGAGGCGGUAGCGGUGGGAAUAUAAAUGCUGCUCGUGCUGCUGCAAUAGCAGCUGCGGUUUCCAUAGCUAAUUCAAUCAACGCACAAUCUGGCUGGUCCAAUAACAAUGUUAGUAAUAGUAACAAUACUAGUAAUAAUAUACCCACUAACGCAUUUAACAACCAAGGCUUUAGCGGGCCUGGUCUUUUACCAGGUGGUCCGUACGCAGACACCAAUAGAAUAACCUACUAUGGCGGCGGAUUUCAACCUAACCAGGGACAACACAAUCGUGGCGGUGGUGUUGGCGGCGGCGGUUCACGUGGUGGUUACAAUUCCAAUAAUUUACCAGGGCGAGGAGGCGGUAAUAUGCGAUACCAUGGGUCGGACGAUCGCUUUUAUCCACCUCCACGCGAUCACCAACGUCGAUAAAAAUGCUUUACUUGUUCAUGAGAUAUUUUCGAAUUAUACUCUUUGACUUUUGCAUUGUUUCUAUUAAUGAAUAUCAUUCAUGUGACUGUAAAUUCAAACAAUCUAAAUACAACUAUAUAUUGUUUGUUAUGAGUCGUUCUUUCUGUUUUCCGGUCAGUGAGAAUAAAGU